AUGGCGGUGAACAACAUUUCCAAAAAGCGAAAAUUCGUCGGAGACGGAGUUUUCAAAGCUGAAUUGAACGAGUUCCUUACUCGGGAACUUGCUGAGGAUGGGUACUCCGGUGUGGAGGUGCGUGUUACGCCAACCCGUUCAGAAAUCAUCAUUAUGGCUACCAGGACACAGAGCGUGUUGGGAGAGAAGGGACGCAGAAUCCGUGAAUUAACCUCCGUAGUACAGAAGAGAUUCAACAUUCCCGAACAGUCUGUUGAGUUGUAUGCUGAAAAGGUUGCCACGCGAGGUCUCUGCGCCAUUGCUCAGGCUGAAUCUCUGAGAUACAAACUCAUCGGAGGUCUCGCCGUACGUCGUGCAUGCUAUGGUGUGCUUAGGUUCAUCAUGGAAUCUGGGGCUAGAGGGUGUGAGGUUGUAGUAUCUGGCAAACUUAGAGGACAAAGAGCUAAGUCCAUGAAGUUCGUUGAUGGCCUCAUGAUCCACUCUGGUGACCCAUGCAAUGACUAUGUCAACACUGCCACACGACAUGUACUGCUUAGGCAAGGAGUACUUGGUAUCAAGGUUAAAAUCAUGUUGCCAUGGGACCAACAAGGCAAGAACGGCCCCAAGAAACCCCAACCCGACCACAUCCUGGUGACCGAGCCCAAGGACGAGCCCGUCCCGUCGGAGCCCACGUCGGACGUGCGCCCCACGGCCGCUCCGCUGCCGCCGCCCGUCGCCGUCACGGCU